AUGACACGAGAAUUCGAAGAGCGGUCGAAAGCCUACAAUGGGAACACUGAUGCGCUCAUGGCUGACCUUGAAGGUCAUCGACAGGCACUCAGAGAUCAACGGGAGGAACAAUAUAAGUCGAUAGAAGCUGCCAGGUUGGCGCGGGAGAGAGAAAGAGACCAAGUCAAACCCAAGGAGGAGGAAGAGGAGACUCUCAAGGAGGGAGUGAGGCUGCCGCAUCUGUGGGAAACGACAGAAGUUCCCCGUCACAAGAACCUCUUGGAUGUUAUUAGACAGCAGUUCGGAUCCAAGGGUGGGAGAGAGCAAACAUACGUGAACAAUACUGGUUCGGGAAGGAGUGAAGCAUCAUUGUCUGCUGAUGAGGCUUUUCGUCUUCUCCGCAAGCGCCAAGACAUCUCGGGGCUCCGUGUCGACAACACGACUACACAACAAGUCGACCGACAGCAAGUGGAAUGCGAAGAGUCUCACUCGUCUGGCGCUCAAACAUGCCAGUUGUGUUGUGAAGAGAAGAUUGAUAAUCAAAACUCGUCAUUUUGUUCUUGUGGAUACACGCUCGCGCUCACAGCAAUGGUCAGACAUGCAACAAGUGCAGAGUAUCUCCCGAUCAAACAAGACCCAGGCAAGCUUUCAUCCGUCGACAGCCCCCAUCAGCCGUUGACAUGGAAUAGCAUUGAGACGAUCUCAAGACCUGAAGACCCAGUCGCCCGUCCACGAGGGCGCAUUGGAGGAGCUUCCUCCGAUGAUUUGAUCGCGCUUUCGACUCAGCUCCUUGCUUCUCUGCCAUCGCGUGUCCAGCCUCCCAAGACUUCCAAUCGCUCGUGUGAUCCGACGGAGGGUGAGGCUAUCAGUCAAGUCCAACCUCCGCAUCCUCCGACUGGAUUUCAGCGACCCAACCGAAGUGACAAUGGGGGGGAGAAGGAGGAGGUUAGCAGAAACCUGCCACGGAACCCUCCUCCUCCACUCGAUGUCGCUGGAGAUCAACGGAACGCGAGUGGGGGAAUUGAGAGCGGAACGACCGGCAGGGAGGAAGUUAAUGAAGCCGCUUGCAGGAAAAGUGUUGCAGAGAGACUGCUGGGCUUUACAGACGCGAAGAGGCAGGGAGGAGGCAAAGAAUUCAACCCAGAGACAGUCGGGGAGGUGGAAGGUGAUGAAGAAAUGGACGGAGAAACCCGGCACAAGCGCGAGUUGUUGAGGAAGCAUCUGAAUACUGACCCAGGAUUUAUCUUGCCGGAGCUCAAAGGCUUCCCUUGCCGAGCCGAAGUAUUGAAGAUGCGCAGAACAGAGCUGCUCGACGUUGUCUACACAUGGCCGACCAUCCUCGACCUGAAGUCGGUUCAUAUGAUCAGCACUUCCAACCUGAAAGAUCGAAUUUUGACUUUUCUGGGUGAGAAAGCCCGUCAGUUCCUUCAACCCGAAAGUAAGCGAGUAUCACCGUCAAGGACGGACGUGCAGGCGAGGAGAGACGGCGGCAGUGACAAGCGUGGAAAGGAGCCAGUGAAGGAGCCAACACCUCCGGAGGUUCAGGCUCCAUGUGACCUCACGUCCCUUCCUACUGCUUCUUUGUUCGACAUGGGUGGAUUGCAGAAGGGAGCCAAGGCCAAGAAGGGGCGGGCCCUCCUUCAGGACUUGUGGGACAAAGACUAG